AUGCAGGUCCCCUACGGUCUCAUAAUUGAACAGAAAGACAUAGUGGCACAUGGACCAGAAGUCGAUUCCAAAGAGGUUGUGAGAAAUGAUCAGGCGCUGCGGGCACUGCAUGACUACGGCAAAUUGAGGCUCCAGUGGAAGAGCUCACAAGAGAGAUCCCUCACCCACAAAGUUCUCUCCAAUAUCAACUCCUCUGCUAUCUGUCAAACUAACGUCACUGGUUUUCAUCAUAGCAACAUGACAUCAACUGCACUUGACAAGAAGCUGAAGCAGAUACAGGCACUGAACGGUAUUCUGGAGGUGUAUCUGGAUUGGAAAAUCCACUAGCCUUUAUUCUGGUGCUGGAUUGACAGUGUGAUUGACAGCUCCCUUGGUGACACGUGCGAGGUAAAGGAAGCCGAUUGCCCACCAGGGGAGCAAGCUGUCACUCUGAGGUGUCCCCAUGGCGACAAGGCUAGGAGAACAGUCAGACGGCUUGACAAGAUGUUGCUGAGGCUUCAGACAGAACUGAGGGUCAGAAGAAUUGAACAAUCAUCUGUCUUAUUCUCAUUAGGCAGACAUGAAGUGGCUUCUCAGCUCUCUGACAGGCAGAAAAUGGAGGUGGACAAGAAGGUUGCAGGCUAUUUAGAGGGCCUCAUUUCACACACCUCCACAAUCACAUCCAGGGGCUUUUUGCCAUGUCUUCAGGAUUCACAACCUGUGAAGACAUCUCACAGGUUCCAGAGAAGGGAAUCUGGCCUGCCUGUGACAGCUGGGAAGCUCCAGGCAUCGUGGGUUUUGGGCGAGUUGAGGGAAAGAGAAGCUGUACUGCAAUGGCAGCUGAAGCAAUUAAGGGAAAAUAUAAGGGUGGAGGUGCAGAGACUGGCCAGCACAGGGGAGGGGGUGGUACUCAUAUCACCAAUUAAGAAAUAA